AUGCAGCAUUAUUCUGCAACGUUUCCCUCCUCUGGAUCAAUGUCAUGGAUGCAAUCAUCCCACUUUUCGGCAGAUUUGUUGGUUCCCUCCCCCCACGCCAUUUCGGGGGCGUCCGAGGGGCGGGUUCCCGUCCCCCGCAGAGGAGACCAGGCUUACCGCUUACCACGGUAUCGGGACGGCGAUAUCAAUUCAAUCUCCACGCAUUGCAGCAUGGCGAUGACCAAUGUGUUUUCAACGUGA